AUGAAAGAAUUUACAUUUGAACUUUUAUUAGAAAGAAAACAUUCAAACAAUGAACCAAUCAAUUACACAGAAUCAACACGUAAAACAAUAAGAUCUUUUUAUAAGAAAGUGAUAAACGUAUUAAUUGAUCUAAUGUUUGAUAAUAUAAAGAUAAAAAUACCACCUCAAAAUGAUAAAAAACAGUUGAUUAUUGACAUCAAUAACUUAUUUGUUAAAAAUAACAACUAUUGUUCAUUUACUGAUAAUUUUGAUGUAACCCUUUUUCAUUUAGCAGGUGAAUACCAAUUAAUUACUCUUUCGGAUUCAAUAUUAGCUGAUAGUUGUUUGUAUAAGAAUUUAGAUCCUUUUAAUUGUAUUUCUUAUAGAAUAUUUACAAGAGAUUAUAAAAACAUUGAAUUUAAUAAGAACAGUUUGGUAGUUACAUCAGAACCUGAAAAGUUUAACAUCAAAUCAUUAUUUACAAAAUCAACAGAUCUUUUAAAAAUAUUAGAUUUUUUAAUCAUGGAAAGAGGAAAGUAUAAAUCACUUACAAAUGAUUUUAUUAAUAAAGAUUUUAUUAAAGAAUAUGAAAAUAGAAAUUGCUUAAAUUAUUUAUUUGUUAAGUCAAAUGAUAGAAAUAAUUAUUAUGUUGAGUCAUACGAGAGAUGUAAAACAUUUAUAAAGAGUGAAGAAAGUCAUUGGUGUGGUAAAGAUUAUUUAUUAACUUUAAUUAAAUUUAUAAAGGGUGUGUUAAUUUAA